AUGGUUGGCUCACAACCUAACCUCUUCGCCUUCCCAUCCGUCGAUACCCUCGCCACAACUCUACGCCAAUACAUCGUACAAGCACAAAGCGCCGGACUUGCACGUCAUGACGCCUUCAAAAUCGCCGUAUCUGGAGGUUCUCUACCCAAAACCCUCGCUGCGGCUCUCCUCGCCCCAUCACAUGGUCCGGAAGAUACUAUCCAUUUCUCCAAAUGGGAAAUCUUUUUCGCAGACGAAAGAGCCGUUCCUCUCGAUCAUGAAGAUUCUAAUUACGCAUUAUUAAAGAGCGAAUUACUCGAUAAGAUUCCCGCUGAGUUGGGAAAACCUACCGUUCAUCCAAUCGAUACGGCGCAUUUGGAUGAUGUACAGGAAUUGGCAGAUCAAUAUGAACAACUUCUCGUGCGCAGUUUUGCUUCGAGAGAUUCGGUCAAAUUACCGAUUUUCGAUCUGUUGCUCUUGGGAUGUGGUCCGGAUGGUCAUACGUGUAGUUUGUUUCCCGGUCAUGCAUUAUUGAGAGAGACAGAUGCUUGGGUUGCGCCGAUCGAAGAUAGUCCGAAACCACCGCCAAAGAGAAUCACACUUACAUUACCGGUUGUUACCCAUGGAGUUAAGAUAGCUUUCGUCGCAACAGGAGGUGGAAAGAAGGAGAUCAUGAAGGCAAUUUUUGAAGGAGGAAAUGGAUUACCUUGUGCAUUGGUUAAUGAAGGGGCUAGAGAGAGGUGUAGUUGGUUCGUUGAUAAUGCAGCAGUCGAAGGAGUUAGUUUCCCAAGGAAAGGAAGUCUUUAA